UUAUGUACUUUUUUUUGCAAUUAUAAUUUAUGUACUUAUGUACUUAUGUACUUAUGAAUGAGGAUGCUGUAAUAAAAAUAUAUGGGCUACAAACAAAAUGGGGGAAAGUUGCAAUUUUCCUAAAAUUUAAUGACCCAGUGAAAUGCUGAGCUUACUUGUUAAGAGGCCCAUCAUAGCCUACAAGAUGGAGUAGGGUUCGCCCAGAUGCGCAAACGCCUUACCGUCAUUCUGAAUCGAGUGCCUAUAGACUUUGCUGCCUUCUCCUUUCAGGUAUCACCGUUUUUGUGCUCCUUUAUCACGGCUUUCUCUUUUCCUUCGCCGUAGUUGACACCCUAAUCCGGCGGAUCUGUGCAGUAAUUGCGGAAAAAUGUCGGUCGGAGAAAUCGCUUGCACCUACGCCACUCUGAUCCUCCACGAGGAAGGCAUCCCCGUCACCGCGGAGAAGAUCGCUACGAUCGUGAAGGCGGCCGACGUUCAGGUGGAGUCCUACUGGUUUAGCCUCUUCGCCAAGCUUUGUGAGAAGAAGAACAUCGAUGACCUCAUCAUGAACGUAGGUGGCGGCGGUGGUGGUCCUGCGGUUGCCGUUGCUGCCCCGACUGCUGGUGGUGCCGCUCCCGCUGCUGCUCCGGCCGCUGAAGAGAAGAAGGUCGUCGUUGAGGAAGAGAGUGAUGAGGAGAUGGGGCUGGGCUUGUUUGAUGACUAGAGUCUAAAGUUUCUUUGAAAUGUUAGCUUUUGGUUUGCAGACAUUUUUGAUAAGUUUAUCAUACUCAUCUCGUAGAGAGAAUUUAUGAACCCCAUCAUGGUUGAAUUUUCUAUUAAUAUAUCAAUGAGUCUAUAUUUUAAUGCCCAACUCUGAUUGUUUUCAGUUUUUCUCUGGUAAUGCAAAUCGCCAAACACGUUGUUAUAUAUCCUUUCUGUUGUGUUCCUAGCUGGUGGCCUGUGGCUUGAUAUUGGUGUUUGAUGGUUUUGACUUGGGCAUUGAUACAUAGAGUAAUAUGAUCAACGUUCAAAUCUCGGAGAUGCAUCGUUUCAAGUAUUUGUUGGAAUUAGAACUUUGUUUUGUGUUUAUACUCUAUACACUCAUCAAUACAUUGGGUAAUACGAUCAAUGCUUAAAUUUGGGAGAUGCAUUGAUGCAAGUUUCUGUUGUGGUUAGUGAACCUUAAUAUGAAUUUGUCAAUUGUUAUUUCUUCUGUGUUCCUAGCUGGUGGCAUGUGGCUUGAUAUUGUAGUUUAUUUCCUUGUGGUGUUUGAUGAUUUUUUUUUGGGCAUCGAUGCAUUGGGAACCUUGUUACGCGUUUAUAUUCUCUAUACACUUGAAGAGUAGUUUGUGUAUCCUACAAUUUGCAAAACACUUGAAGAAUGCCAUUCUGAAAUAUAUCAUGGUU